AUGUUCGCGGCGUCGCCUGUUGUCGAGCUCGCAGGGUCUCGGACCAUGGCGUGUAGGGGGCCGAGAGGCACGGCACCGCCCGCCCUGGCGUUGCGGGUGCGGCGAUGGCCACAGCCCGGGUCGACUGGUCGGCAUGCUGGGCUGCGAGCGGGGGCGGCCACCCGUCCCUCCUUGACCACGGGCAUCUGCCGCCGAUUUGGCCUCAAUCAUGAAGCGCGUCGUGCAGCACCGACAUGGGCAGCUUCCUCAUCGAGGCACUCGGGGUUUACUCCCGAGGACGCCAUGCUCCUUGACACGCUAAUACGCUCACAAGAACGUCGCGUGCUUCGGGACGGGGACAUAGUCACAUCGCAUGUUGGGGCUUCUGGGGCGCUACCGUCAGGAACGUCUGCUGCAAUGUCUGUCCACGGACCGAAGUAUCAAGGUGAACAGACAGAACGCUUGAUAGCAGCGCUUCCGACUCCAUUCCAGAAUGCUCUUCAGGCGAUGCAACAGCAAGAUAGUCGAAGGCUGCUGUUCUACUUGCACCAGAUUGUGGCCAUGCCUGAGGAUGAGAUGGUCGCGGCGGUCCAAACCAUUCCAAGAACUACCUUCUCUGAGUUCCUGCGCUCUCUGGAUCCUCUCGAUGUUGUACCAGAGAACGAUCCCACCCAUGGGGUUCACAUCAAUCCUGGGCUGUGGAUGGUUCUAAAUAUGGGAGCAAUAAUCGACGAAUGGGGCGUGAGGGUGCUCUACGCCAGACUCCUGCGACAGAUGCUGACGCUUAUGCGAGCUUUACACGCAUCCGGCUCAGUCUUGAACGUCAACGACUACGUACCUCUUCUGAGAGCUGCCGGCGCAUCGUCUGACGUGGCUGUUGUAAAGCUACUAUGGGGCCAGAUGAUCGAACACGGUAUUUCAUACUGGAGGCAGGGGAGUAUUUACAAUGAGUUCGUCAAAGCAAGGCUUCUGGUAGAGCCUGCGUACUUUGGAUUCGACAAAACGCGUCUUGCGAUGACAGCACGGAACCUGCACAGGAGGGGCCGUGUGCGCCUACAUGCGGAGACGAUAGGGGGGCUUGAUCGUCUGAGGCUCGCGACCAGACAGCGAUCGUACCGCUUCGGACUGAACAAAAACAUACCACAUGCCGAAGACCUGUCCCGCAUAAUGAGGAAGCCUCGAUCGGCAACCCGUAUGUUCUACUACAUCCAACAUUGGGGGUUCCAUGUCACAGAGAGACUCCUUUGCAGUUUGAUGAGAGGAUUUGGGCGCGCUGGUGCUCUCCGAUUCAUUCAGUAUCGCAUAUUAGAGGAUUACUUUGCUAUCACUGUCCGCCAGAACAAACGUUGCGAUGAGGUAUAUGUUGGACCUACUCCGCCCAGAACGACUCCGCAUAAGGAUCCGUUACGAGCACGGGCGCCCACCAUGAAGCCAUCGGCACGCCUGAUGGAGGCCGUCAUUGAUGUAUACUGCUCGAAUGGCUACCUUUCUACGGCUUUCACUAUUGUCGACUACCUCUCGAGCAAACACCGAAUUCCCAUUAGUCCAAAAGCUUGGUUUGAGCUGUUUGAGUGGACCUAUGUAUUGAGCAGCCCGGCCGUUAGCACUGGAUGGAAUUACGUAGGAUUUCGGCAACGCAUACCAAGCACCGAUGCUGUCGAGAUGAUCUGGAAUACGAUGACUUCACCUCCAUACAAGGUUGAGCCUGGCUUCAAACAGUAUGACCUUUUGAUAAGAUCGCUUCUAGGGCAAUCCAAGAUUCACCAGGCGAUGAAAUACAUGGAGUCGGCUCGAAAGUUUCACCAGAAGCAAUGUGCUGACUGCGAGAGCGCGGCAUUGGAAUACACCGGCGCCCGGCAGACGGGUGUAGAUGCCACGGCAGCGCUACGACGAUUCCAGCGUGCUCGCUUCCUGAAAGAGUACAUGUGGCAUCGAAUGAACGGAUGGUGUAACGAUCUUCUGAAGCAUAAAUGGCGGCCCAAGGAGCUCCAUGACGGGAGCCGCUGGAUUCCGGACGUGAUCAGGGAUUGGCGAGACUUCAUCCGCAAUCCCGUGCAAUAUAGAACUGCCACGGGGUUUGUGGAGAUGUACGAUCCUGCAGAGGAGAUCCCGGAAUGGAUCCACGUGCGAGAUGAUACGCUUCGUGUGCCGGUACGGGAGGGAGGGGAAACGCACCUCGCCGAGAUACACCAGGCACAGUACCGGGUUGCCAGCAAACACUCAGUCGGGAACUUGAUGAGCACUAGACUAAGUCCGCUGGCUAUCCUCAAGGGCGACCUCAUCAAGGCGAGGAAACGGACUAGGAGGGGCAGGCUAUACUUGGCCCGUCAGGCGGAGCGGCUUACCGCCAUGAGUGAUGAAAGGAUUUCCUCGGCGUCUACAUUUUCGGGGCAGGGAGACGGUCCUGACGGCGAGGACCAGGGUGAAGCUGAUAACUGGGAUGACGACGACUGGUAG